AUGGGCGAAGCGAGGAGGCGCUCCCCUUCGUGUAGGACACGGGCUCGCUGUCAAGAUAACGGGGGGUCCGAUCCAGAGCGGGAGAAGCGAUGGGCCGAGCUGUUCGAUCAGCUGGAUCUAAAUAAAGACGGGAGGAUCGAUGUGACCGAGCUGCGCACCGGACUGACCGCCUGGGGGGUCGUGCGCACCGAGGUGGACGAGAUUGUACGUGUGAGUGACACCAAUCAUGACGGCCAGCUGGACUUUGAGGAGUUCACACAGUAUCUGCGCACGCACGAGAAAGAGCUCAGACUCAUGUUCCGCAGCCUGGACCGCAACAACGACGGUCACAUAGAUGUUGGAGAAAUUCAGCUCUCCUUGCGCAGCCUUGGAGUGAAUGUAUCCACAGAGCAAGCCUCCAGAAUCCUGCAGAGCAUAGACAGAGAUGGCACGAUGACCAUUGACUGGAACGAGUGGCGGGACCACUUCCUGUUUAACCCCUUGCACAACAUGGAGGACAUCGCGCACUACUGGAAACACUCUCUGAUGUUGGACAUCGGGGAGCAGCUGACGGUGCCGGAUGAGUUCUCAGAGAAAGAGCGGCGUUCAGGUGUGGUGUGGAGACAGCUCGUGGCCGGGGCGAUGGCAGGAGCCGUAUCACGAACGGGAACUGCUCCUCUCGACCGUCUUAAAGUUAUCCUUCAGGUCCAUGGCUCCAGUGGUAUGGGUUUGUUUGGUGGCUUGCGGGGAAUGGUGCGGGAAGGAGGACUGAGGUCUCUUUGGAGAGGCAACGGCAUCAAUGUCCUCAAGAUUGCACCGGAGUCAGCUAUCAAAUUCAUGGCUUAUGAGCAGAUCAAAUGGCUGAUCAGAGGCAGUAAGGACGGUGGCUCUCUCAGAGUUCAGGAACGCUUCAUUGCCGGAUCACUGGCAGGAGCUACAGCUCAGACUAUCAUCUACCCCAUGGAGGUGUUGAAGACGCGUCUGACGCUGCGGAAGACAGGACAAUAUUCUGGCUUGGCAGACUGUGCCAAACAGAUACUGCGUAAAGAAGGAGUGCGCACGUUCUACAAAGGCUAUGUGCCCAACACACUUGGCAUCAUCCCGUAUGCUGGCAUUGAUCUGGCUGUGUAUGAGACUCUUAAGAACGCCUGGCUCCAGCGGUACUGCAUGGGCUCGGCUGAUCCUGGCGUCCUGGUGCUUCUUGGAUGUGGCACGGUGUCCAGCACAUGUGGGCAGCUGGCUAGUUACCCGCUGGCUUUGAUCCGCACACGCAUGCAGGCUCAGGCCUCAGCAGAUGGCACUCCUCAGCUGUCAAUGGUUGGCCAGUUCAAGCACAUCGUGUCCCAUGAAGGCGUUGCUGGACUUUACCGUGGCAUUGCCCCCAAUUUCCUCAAAGUCAUUCCUGCUGUUAGCAUCUCUUACGUGGUUUAUGAGCAUAUGAAGAAAGCACUGGGAGUGGGAUCUUAAACUAAGACAGAAUCAGA